CUUUCCUGAUGAUAGGUCGCAAGUUGUCACCAGCUGCCCUAAAAGCCAGAGUUCAGCAUACACUUAUUGCGAAGAAAUCAUCUGCCAAGCCAAACAUUCCAGCAUCAGCGUCACCUCGGUCUAGUGCUACCGGUGCAAAAAAAGCAGACCCCGCCAUUCCAGAGAAGUUUGAUACAAGUGACCAGGAUCUUCUCUCCGAAGUUGAUCAGGCUGAGAGUUCCAGUACUCCUGCUCAGAGUCCUGUCCAGUCAAUGUGUCCAUCACCCAGGUCUCCAUCACCAAAGUCCACCAGUUCAGCUCCUCGAUUCAAGCAACCACAAUCGACUGACACAGAAAUCAACCUGCCUCAACCAUGGAAGCAGAGCCUGCCAAAAGAGGAUCAUGAUUUCAAAGGCCCUUUUCAAAGUCGGCACCAGUACCGGAAAGCCAGAGUUGGACCCAGACUGUGCGACAAAACUGUGGUACUACCCAUCUAAACCUAUUUGCCAGCCGUCACAUCCCCCAAGAGUUGAUUACUAUUUUGCAAAGAAGUUCUUCCUUUGGAUGCCCCGUCAGUUCUGGAGGGUUGGUCUUGUCUGUACUGAUGACCGUUGCAACAAGCGUGAACUUAGGGGUGCUGGGUUGUACAGGACCACUCGACAAGUCUUCGACAAGUCUUCGACAUUGACGGGACAUACAAUAUGGGAGCUGAAUACUUCGAGUGUGCCUCCUGUAAGAAGAAGUAUAUCAGCUGGAGUCUUCCCCUAUUGAAGAAACUGUCCCUCGGUCAACAGCUCCAGUUCCCCUGUGUCCUAACGUACAGGUACACGUGUGACAUUCUACCUACCCCACAUGCCAAGUCAUACUGACAACCAUUCUGAUUGCUACAGCCCGUUCCACAGACUUUAUACCAAUAUCCUGGUAUCAAGGUUGGUCAAGCGAGGUUAGCAGGUCCAACAUUACAGCAGAGGGGUCGGAGGUAGUGUUUACAUAAUCUAAAACAAAAGUCCAAUUAACUUGACAAAAUUGGAAGUCAUAUGUUCCAAAACUCAUACAACUAAGUUAUAACACCAAAUCCUGCUAACAUAUCUAAGCAUAUGGCCAAACAGGGCCUAAAUCAUCUCCCUAAAAUUCAAAUACAACUGCUACACCCGUAUCUCAAAAUAGGUCAACCCCAUCCAUGAAUCCCAUCUAUCUUUUAUAGCUCAACGUGCACCUGCUAUGAGUUUGGACAAAACGAAGGCCUAGCUUCUGAACUCUGAACAUACUGGGUAUACUAACUGAUAGCGGUAGCCGAAUUUUGUUGCAUAAGGAUCUGUCAAAUGUACUUUUUCUGCUGCACUUAACUGUUUUACCAAUGAUAUCCAAUAUACAUAUUUGUAUUGAUCUGUUACUGUAAACAUUUCUUGAAUCAUAAGGCUUUGUUUCUUAUGCUUUAUCAAGUAAGGCUCAUUUUUGUAUAAGUCUCCCCUGCUUGAACAUGGAGUGGGCCAAACCAGAUGCACCCAUGUGUGACAUGCAAAGGGU